AUGCUUGCUGUAUAUUCGUUUGCCGUGUCCGAUGUACAAGCCAAGAAGAAGGUUGGGAAACGAUGUACUAAACCUCAGAAAGAUGAUGAGAUCAAGAAAGAGAUGGAAAGGCUACUCGCAAUUGCGGAUGCGAAUAAACCUGUUGAGAAGGAAGAAACAGGUAGGAUUGGUAAUGCCACCAAUAGUAGUAUUACUAAUAAUGAUAUUAUGAAUAAUGUCUGA